AUUUCCUUGUUAUCCCUAACACCUCCCCUCCGUCUCGCAUCGAAACGUCGAAACCCUAAUUUCUCCAUCUUCUCUGCGACCUCUUCCGCUUCUGCCAAUCUGUCUCCGCUCGAACUUAUCGUCUUCCUGAACCUUCCUUCCUGUGCGGAAUUCCCUUCGUAAUUCCUUCGGCAGACCGCGUGGGAAGACCUCUUUUUAGCGGCCACCGACCUUCGAUUGUCCUAUCGCGUGUCCAUAUCCAUAGCGGGAAUCGAUUCCAAUCUGCAGCUGGAACAACCUCUCGUCGGUUUUUUGUUUUUUUGUGUCUUUCUUUCUUGGCAUUUCUUUUUCGGUUUUGCGUUUCGUUGUUCGUUUUGACAGGGUGAAUUACCUUUAUAAUCCGUCGAAAAAUUCACAUACUUUUGUCGCUGCAAUCAUACCCUAAAAUUUUGUAAGUCAUUUGCUCGAUAUACCCUUCGUUCCUUUGCCUUCACCAACGUCGGAUUGAUUGAUAAGUUCCGAUCGCCCCCCCUGUAGUUCUAGCUGAUUUUUCCUUCGAAUAGAUCGUCACAUCUGAAAGCUCUGUGGAAAAAUCGUCUGGGAAUACUUGGGUUUUGAUAUCUGUGCUCGUGGGUUUCGAAUCAAAACGCAAGUGUUAGCUGGGUCCCUUAUCAUUUUGAGAGAUGGUUGGUGGAGGUAGCAGGAGGGACGAGGGAUCCCUGGUGAUCAACAACACCAACGUUUUUGCUGCGCUCGAGACGUUGAGGAAGAAGAAGAAAUCUGAUAAGGAUAAGGGGUCAAAGAGCGGCAAGGGGUCGUCGAAAUCAGCUGCUCAGUCGCAGGCCAAAGAGCCCGAGCCUCAGGUUUUCUGGGCCCCAACACCAUUGAAGGAGAAAUCUUGGGCAGAUGUUGAUGAUGACGACGACGACGAUUACUAUGCCACUACUGCACCGCCCCCUGUAGCUUGGGGAAAGACACCCCAGAAUGAGGAGCAGCAGCCCACUAUUGUAGAGGAUACAGAGAGUGAGGAUGAUAUUCUUGAUGAAGGGGAUGAUGAUUUGGAGGAAGAACAUGAGCAUGAACAAGACGUUCCAGUGCACCCAGAGCCAAUGGCAAAAAAGCCUGCUGAAGCUCCUGCUGUAUCCAAAGAGACGGAGAGACAGCUCUCCAAAAAAGAAAGGAAGAAGAAGGAGCUUGCAGAACUUGAAGCACUUUUGGCUGAUUUCGGUGUUGCACCAAAAGAGGACAAUGGUCAAGAUGAGCCACGUGAUGCAUUGCUAGAUAAGAAAGACGUGGAGCCUGAUGGUGAGGUUGAAAAGAAGGAAAGUGCUCCUGGAGAGUCGAAAAGUUCUAAGAAGAAGAAGAAGAAGGACAAGUCUUCCAAGGAGACAAAAGAGCUCCAGGAUCAGCCCAACAGUACAGAUGUUGUGAAUGAACCAGAAAUUGGAGCUGAACAGGUAGGUGAAGAUGCAUCAUCUGUUGACAUAAAAGAGCGGCUAAAGAAGAUGGCCUCAGUGAAGAAGAAGAAAUCUUCCAAAGAGAUGGAUGCUGCUGCAAAAGCUGCUGCUCAAGAGGCUGCCGCUAGGAGUGCAAGGCUUGCGGCAGCAAAGAAAAAGGAGAAAAACCAUUACAACCAGCAGCCAGUACGGUAAAGGACCGAGUGUCAUUUGGCAUCUGCGUCUUAAACAUGUACUUUGUGCUGUUCAUAUGGCAAUUGGGAAUAAUCUUUGGGCCUUCUGGCUCUGAUUUCUGAGGCGACCUUUAGUUGUAUUUGCUGUGAACUAGAAGAUUUUCCUUUUUGAAUCUUGGAUUUGUUGUGGCUCCAUUGCUGCGCCACAAACAUUUUGCCAGUUUUGCUUAUAUGAUUUAAAUUCAUCCUUGGGUGGUA